GUUUCACUUUUGCUUUCCUAUCUCAGGCCUUCUGCCUGGGAAGGACAUCAGGCCUGACUGACUGGCUGGGGCAGCCUGGUGAGUAUGAAUAUUGGGUGGUGGGGAGCAGCUAGGGGCAUGGGACAGGUGGAGCUGGCCUUUUCCCUUCCCAAGUGUCGCACCCCAGGACUCUGAUGGCAGAGGUGGAGGCAGGGGCAGCUGUGGAGCUCUGGGGACUGCUCCCCGAAGUGUCAGAUGAGCUACUUACCCUCUACUUUGAGAACCACCGUCGCUCUGGUGGAGGGCCUCUGUUGAGCUGGCAGAGAAUUGGCUGUGGGGGUAUCCUCACUUUUCAAGAUCCUGCUGAUGCAAAGAGAGUCUUAAGCCAGGCAGAACACCAACUAUCUGGUGUGAGGCUGAGCCUGAGGCCAGCCCCACCCCGUGCCCCUGAACGUUUGCUUCUCCAACAACUGCCUCCUGACACUUCACCUCUGAGCCUGGAGCAACAUGUUCAGGCACUGCUGUGUGCCAUAGGACACCCCAUGCAGGCUUGCCAUGCCUUGGCCAGUCCUCGGCAGGACUGUGCCCUGGUCCAGUUAUCCAUGCCCCUUUCUGAGGCAGAGGUCUGUGCCCUGGAGGAGCAGGCCUGCAAUAUGCCUCUGAAUGGGGUCACAGUGUCCCUGUCCUGGGUGCCCCAGACCCGAGCAGUACGUGUGGUGAAUAGUGCUGUCCCAGUGGACCUGUUGCUCCUGGAACUCUACUUGGAGAAUGAGCGUCGCAGUGGUGGGGGACCCUUGGAGGACGUGCGCAGCCUGCCUAGGCAACUGGGCACCGUUAUCACCUUUCAGCAAUGGCAAGUGGCUGAACGGGUGCUGAAGCGGAAACACUGGCUGCAGGGCUCUGAGUUGAGCCUUGUCCCCCACUAUGAUGUAUUGGAGCCAGAGCAGCUUGCUGAGGGCAUGACUGGAGGGGAUCACCCAACUAUGUGGGAAUCGGGAGCCGUUGAGCAUGCUCUCCUAGAUAUUGUAGGGCUGGCAGGGGCCCCGACUAUGACCGUGAGCUCUGGAGAGACAUCAGGACAAUUAGGAGCCUGUCUAAGGACAGGUCCUGUGGGGGCUCCAGAACAAGCCAUGCCAGUAGAUUUGGAGCCUGUGACGUCUCUAGAGCAAGAGGAACCUAUAAACCUGGGAACUGUGGGCUCUCCAGAGCAGGAUGAUUUCAUGAAUGAGGGGACCAUGGUGUUUUCAAGCCCAGUAGGUCCAGCAGAAAGCUUUACAGGGUCCUUGGGGCAAGGAGGAUCUAUGGCCUCGUCCUCUAUGGGAGUUCAGAGGCAGGAGGGCCUGGAGGAAGUUGCCACAGGUUCACCAGGGCAGGAGGGGCUAAUGGGUCUAGUGGGGAUGGCCACAGAGUCUCCAGAGAGAGAGCUCGAAAGCCCUGGGCAUGGGGGGCUGCAGAGGCAAGAGGGCCUGGUGGAGAUAGUAAUGUCAAUGGAUCCAGGGGCCAUGCGCUUCCUGCAGCUGUAUUAUGAGGACCUUCUUGCUAGCCUGGAAGAUGUUGCCCUUUUCCCACUUGAAGGAGUAGAUGUGACUGGCUUUCGGCUUUGCGGACCUAGGGCCCCAUGCCAGGCAGCCCAGGAGUUGCUGCAGAGUCUUCUGGGCAGCAUUAGCUGCCAUACACUGGACGUGAAGUACCCAGGCAGUGCCAAGUUCCUGUUGGGUGUGGAGGGGCAGCACCUUCUUCAUGGACUGGAGGCUCAGUUCCAGUGUGUCUUUGGAACAGAACAUCUAGCCAGCGCCAUACUGGACAUAGAUCCUGAAAGGAUGGAUCCCACUGAGGCUCUCCAGGUCCUCCAUGGCCACAGCACAGACAGUGAUGAGGACAACAUGAGACUGGAGGAAGUCCAAGAGCUGCUGGCUACCCUGAAGGGGCUACAUGGGAAGGACUGGCUACCACUGGAGAUGGAGAAGGAGAAACCUGGAGAGCAGCCAGAGGAAAUCACCCUUGAGCAGGAGGAGGAAAAACCCACACUUGAGACUGGGGAUGAGCCCACUGCCCUCAGCACUGGGAUACCCAGACUGUUAGAAGAAGAGGCCACACUGCAGCUGGCUAUCCACCGAUCCUUGGAGUCUCAAGGCCAGGUGGCUGAGCAGCAGGAGGCUACUACACUAAGGCGAGCCCUGGCGCUCUCCCUGUUGGAAGCAGAAAAGCCCCUGGAUGAGGACACUGGGGGCAGAGCGCAGCUGGUGGUGCACAUAUCCUUUGAGCAGGAUAUGGAUGAGGUGGACCGGGCGUUAUCGGCUGCCUUGGAAGUACAUCUUCAGGAGGAGACAGUGAGUCUCCAAGGCCGUACGCUACCCUCAGAGCUUGGGGCUCGCCUGGAGAGGUGCCACGAUGUGAGCAUUACCCUGCAUGGUGACCGCAUCAUCCUCCGUGGCUUUGGGGUCCAGCCUGCCCAGGCAGCUCGUCACUUAGCUGCACUGCUUAUUGGCCCCUGGGACCAGAAUUUGACCUUUCCUUUGGAGGCUUCAAACAACAACUUGUCAGAGCAGGAGCUGAAAGAACCUUUGGGCAGGCUGGAGGCCCUGGAAGAGAAGUCCAAGGAGUUCCAGGAUGUGGUGCAGGCCUUCUAUGACACACUGGAUGCUGCCCACAGCAGGAUCCAAAUUGUUCGAGUGGAACGAGUGUCACACCCACUGCUGCAGCAACAGUACCAGCUGCAUCGGGAGCGCCUGAUGCAAUGCUGCCAGCAACGCCCCGUGGAGCAGGUCCUCUACCACGGCACAUCGGAGUCUGCAGUGCUUGACAUCUGCGCACACGGAUUCAACCGAAGCUUUUGUGGCAGAAACGGCACACUCUACGGACAGGGCGUGUACUUCGCCAAGCGUGCUUCCCUGUCGGUACUGGAUCGCUACUCGCCUCCCAACACAGAAGGCCACAAGGCAGUGUUUGUGGCACGGGUGCUGACCGGUGACUAUGGACAAGGCGCCCGCGGUCUGAAGGCGCCCCCUCUGAGGGCCUCGGGUCAGGUCCUUCGCUACGACAGCGCCGUGGACUGCCUCCAACAGCCCAGAAUCUUUGUUAUCUUUCAUGACACCCAAGCUCUGCCCACUCAUCUAAUUACCUGCAAGAACAUAUCCCGGGAUACCCCCUGAUAACUGCCUUGGUCUCUUGAAUCUUUUUUCCUGGACAUUUGACCUAAGAGGACAACUUCUGAUUCCCUAACUAAGCGUCAGGGCUUCCCCUCGGGGCGCUCCUUGCUGCUGGCUGGAAAGCCAGGAUAACUGGACUAGGGAGGGCCAGACCUAACCGGUUCCUUGGCCUGCUCGACCGCCAGGGGUCAGUAGAACACGGCCGGAGGGUGCAUUGCCAGGCACGCCCGUGUUGGUUGGACCGCGCCCUAGCGUGGCUCUGUCUUUGAAUAAACGUGUACUUGAAACCAGUUA